UGGAGUGAUGGGUGAAUUAAUUAGACGCUACUGUGUGUUGAUCGGUGUGGGGAUAUUAUUGUCUGUAACGCCUGUACAAGGAUGGGGGAAAGAAGGACAUUAUUCUACUUGCAAGAUUGCUCAACCAUUUUUGAAUGAAAACACUUGGAAAGCAGUGAAUGAAUUACUUCCACAUUAUGCACAAAAUGAUCUUGCUUCUCUUUGCUCAUGGGCGGAUCAUAUGCGAUUUAGAUAUCAGUGGGCUAACACAUUACAUUACAUUAACACACCAGACAAUGUGUGUGGCUAUGAUUAUUCUAGGGAUUGCCAUAAUGUAAAAGGAGUAGAGGGGACAUGUCUUGAAGGAGCUAUAAAAAAUUAUACUUCCCAACUUGUAACUUACAGUCAUAAAUCUCAUGGAAAGCAUUAUAAUUUAACUGAAGCUUUGCUAUUUUUGUCUCAUUUUAUGGGAGAUAUUCAUCAGCCUUUGCAUGUGGGAUUCACUUCCAAUAGAGGUGGAAAUUCAAUAAAACUACACUGGUAUCGUCGAAAGAGCAAUUUACAUCAUAUUUGGGAUAGUGGGAUCAUUGAGACAGCCAUGAAAGAUUUUUAUGACAAUGAUCUUGAAGCUAUGAUAGAAGAUAUUCAAACCAAUAUUACUGAAAUUUGGUCAAAUGAUGAAACUACUUGGAAAGAAUGCGACACUAAUGAAAUUUCUUGCCCUAAAUUGUACGCAGAUGAGAGUAUCAUUCUUUCUUGCAAGUGGGCUUACCAAGAUGUUGAGGAAGAUGAUAUCUUGGAAGAUGAUUAUUUUCUCUCACGUCUACCCAUUAUUGAGAAUCAACUUGCAAAAGGAGGCAUAAGAUUGGCUGCAACACUCAACCGUAUCUUUGAUUCAAAACAAGACUACACUCUACAUUCAGAAUUAUAA